AUGGUUACCGCUUCUCCUUCUGGAUCGCCGAGACCGCUAUCUUCGCGCUGGCUCGACGCUGUCUAUGUUGGCUACUUUCUGAUUCACAUCCCAGCGACUGUUCUCCUUGAUCUCCAGUCAAUCUACCCUGCAGCCUACACACCGGCAUGGUUCCGUGCUAUUCCGGUGUGGUACGUCGGUUUCGCGAACGAUCCCCUCAUCGCGGGUGCCUUGGGUCUCGUCAAAACUAGUCCUACCGAGUUCGCUUGGUUGAAGAGCUUCAUGUGGCUGGAAGCUCUCUUUCAACUCCCACUUUUCUUCUACGGCGCUUAUGGCCUAUGGAAAGAUUCAUUCUCGGUCUACGUACCGAUCCUACUCUACGGCGCGUCAACAGCAACAACAACCCUCGCCUGCGUCGCUCUGGUGCUCGCCACACCCUCGACCAGCGCCGCUACGGCAGCCGCAGGGAUUGCAUCCGUGACGUUCGCGCAGCGGGCGAACCUUUUGGCGAAUUACCUGCCGUUCCUGUUCCUGCCGCUCAUCAUGGCGCUCGACAUGAGUUCAAGGAUGUACAAGCUUGCGUUGAAGGGUCUCAAGGUGGAGCAAGCGAGCAAGUCGAAGUAG